AUGCCCCCAACACAACCCAAAGUAACCCUCCUCGACACCCCCACCCCGCCCCCACACCUCCUCGCCCGCCUGCAGUCCCACCUGCCCUACUCCCUCCCCGUCCUCCGCCGCCUGCAGUUCGCCCGCAACUUCCCCGGCGGCAGCACCCGGCACACCCACAUCCUCUACGCCGCGCCCCGAACUGCAUGCGGCGAGGAGGAGGAGGCAGAGGCGGAGGAAGAGGAGCUCUCGACGCAGCGCGUCGACGGUAACAGCUCCGUCAGCCGCGAUGCUACCGGCAAGCGGGCAGGCCAAGCGCAAGCCCAAGCGCGAGAAGCGCCGUUCGCGGCCGCCUACGUCGACCUGUCGCGCGGGCCCGAGACGCAGGUCUGGCUGUACUGCUCGGCGCUCGAGGACGGGGACGACGGGAGCGGCGGCAGUAGCGGCCGCCAGCGCGGGUUGGCGGUGGAGACGGAGGAGCAGGGCGAGGGAAUCGAGCUGGUGCUUGCGCUGCUGCGGCGGGUCAGGGGUAUUGCGCUUGCUGAUGCCGAUGCUGAUGCUGAUGCUGAUGCUGAGGCAAAGGCGCCAGGCCAUGGCAACAACGGUGUCGUCAGCAAGGGGGAGGUGGAGGAAAUGGGAGGAGAAGAGGGAACGGGGAGGAGAGGGACGAUGACGAAGGUCCUCGUGGGCUCGCUGCACGAGACGGUGCGGCAGGGCUUGCUUGCGCGCGGGGUGGCGAUGGAGAAGUCGCCGAGUAUCCCGGCCGAGCUGGAAUGGGAGUAUUGUGGCAAGUGGCUGUUUCGGGUGGAGGAUUUGCCUGCUGCGUCCGCUGAGGUGCUGCCGCAGGGGAUGCGGUGGGACAGGGUGCGGAAGGAGGAUGUUGCGCUGGUGCUGGAGCGGACGAGUAUCAAGCGGCGGGAACUCAAGGAUGGAACUCCGGUUGCCUGGGCGUUUAUGGGAACACCAGGGCUUGACGGGACCAUCAUCACGCUACAUGUUGAGGAAGCAUAUCGUCGCAUGGGCCUUGCAAAAGCGUUGGGCUGCAGGCUGAUGCGCGAAUACCUCCAUGAGUACGGGAACGACGGCUGGGGGGCGGCCGAUGUGUUCGUCGAGAAUUCCGGGAGCCAGGCAUUUUGCCGAAGCAUUGGCGGCAAGCUCAGCUGGACUCUGUCUUGGUAA